UCGCCUUUCCCCAGUGUCUGUUGGAUUUAUUUAUGAACACGCAUUCUCAGGACUUUCACUCCCCUUUGACGGGUUUUCCUAUCAGCCAGACUGACGUGAUCUCUUGAUGUAAGCGAGUUGUUUUCUGGCGAUUCUGUAUCCAACUUCCUCGAAAUCGCACGCGUGACCAAAUAUUAAUUUCAAAUUAUGGAUCAUCCCAUAACCAAGUUAGCAGAUUACAAUACACCGACGAGUGGCCACUCGAUUUAGAGUCAAUAUGUGUGAUAACCAAUUAGUGUGUCUAGAAUAAACGACAUGUUUUUCCUUACACUGAAUUUACAACCUUUAUCAGCACAAGAGCGUGUUGGCAGUGUCAGCUGGUGAUUGUGGUCGUAAUAAGCACUCGUUUCUGGCGCUCGUCUCUCUUCAUAUUUAUAAUCUCUUCUGCAGCCCGAGACAUUCAGUUAGUCGUUGACCGUUCGAUGGGCCGGUAAAGCGAACUGUAGUGCGAAAAAGUCCUGCGUCCUUCACACAUAUCGACAGGAACACCCUCGAGUUGUGCAUUGCGAUUUGUGGUGGGAAAGCGUAGUCAAAUGUGCACCUCUUCGAGCUUACCUUUGGAGCUCGACUGGCUAAAUUUACAUGCAUUUCACUAGAAUGCACAAACAAACCGUAAAAGACACUCCGUGAGUUGAUGUGCGUCGAGUCACAUUUGCCCAAAAUAAAUCACAUAUAAAUAAUAUGCACAAGCUGAGCAGAGACGUUUAAGAGUGAAAAACUCAUGAAUUUGCGAUAGGAAAACUACUGUGAUACAAGCGGAACAACAAAACAAGAUAAACAUAUAAAUUCCUCAAUCUUCUCCCCCCUUAAAAUAAACACACAAAGGCUCAAAUCCUUUAUAGAAAAAAAGAUACUCUACCAUGACUGGGCAGGAGACCUCAGCAUUGGUAAACAAUGACAAAUCGGCCAAUAUUGUGGUCACAAAGAAUGGAUACACAAAUGGAAAUGCCUCGGCGGCGGAGUCACAGACAAAGCAGGACAGAGGGAAGCCAAUGAGACAAAUUCUGGCAGCCUUUGUAGGCAAUAUUGGCACAAUCAACACAGGAUUCGCGUUUGGAUUCAGUGCUGUUGUCAUACCGCAACUCAAGGCGCCGGAUUCUAUAUUGCCAAUUGACGAGAGUCAAGCUUCCUGGGUUGCUUCUCUAUCGUCUGCCAGCACGCCAAUAGGAUGCAUUUUGAGUGGAUAUCUGAUGGACAAUUGGGGAAGGAAGAAGACUCUCAUCGUGACAGAAGUGCCUUUAAUACUCGGAUGGCUGCUAAUCGCCUUCGCAACGAACAUCUACAUGAUCUACAUUGGGAGACUUCUGGUUGGCCUGGGCAGCGGAAUGGUCGGAGCUCCGGCUCGGGUUUACACGUCCGAAGUCACGCAGCCCCACUUGAGGGGAAUGCUGACCGCCCUGGCGUCCAUCGGCAUCAGUUUGGGCGUGCUGAUUCAGUACACACUCGGAUCGUUUGUCACAUGGCAAAUCCUGGCGGGAAUCUCAACUGUUGUGCCAAUCACGGCACUCGGGCUCAUGAUCUUCAUGCCAGAGACGCCGAACUUCCUGAUUGUGAAGCAAAAGCCGGACAAAGCGACCAAGAGUUUGGCUAAAUUGCGCGGUUCCACGUAUGAUGUCGAGCGCGAAGUGGGUCAAUUGCAGAGUUUUGCCAAUAAAAACCACACGAAUGUCAAGAUGACGCCGAAAGAAACUCUGGCCGCCAUCAUGAGUCCAUCAGCACUGAAACCGUUUGGCAUUCUGGUUCUGUACUUCAUGAUGUAUCAAUUCAGCGGCGUGAACACAAUCACAUUCUACGCGGUGGAAAUCUUCCAGGAUUCGGGCACGAAGAUGGACAAGAACAUGUGCACCAUUAUUCUCGGCGUUGUUCGGCUGGUUUUCACGAUCAUUGCAUGCAUUGCACUGAGAAAAUGCGGACGACGUCCACUCACAUUCAUUUCCGGAAUUGGCUGUGGCGUGAGCAUGAUCGGUCUUGGAGUUUAUUUAUACUACAAAUAUCAGUGGGAUCAUUCGGAGCCGCCAAUUGAGCCUGUCAAUACUUGGUUCCCAGUCGCAUGCAUCUUCGUUUUCACCAUCACAUGCACUCUUGGCUUCCUCGUUGUACCGUGGGUGAUGAUUGGCGAGCUGUAUCCGCAGAAAGUUCGCGGAAUCAUUGGCGGCAUGACAACUUGCUCAGCUCACGUGUUUGUCUUCAUAGUCGUAAAGACUUAUCCGUUUCUGUCAUCUGUACUUUAUCAACACGGCACUUUCAUGCUGUACGGCUGUAUAUCUCUUCUAGGAUGCAUAUUCUUCUACAAGUGUCUCCCCGAGACGAAAGGAAAGAGUCUUCAGGAGAUUGAGGACUACUUCUCAGGCAGAAUUCAGACACUGAAGACGAAGAAAGGCGCUUCGGCCUUACCAAAUUACGACACCAACCUUAACAAUACAAAACCACCGAUCAUUUCAGUGGAGAAAGAUAAGUUGUUGCCUUCGUGAGAAUGCCUUUGAAGGAAUGCUUAUUCAGUAAUUACCAGUUUAGAUUCAAUUUAGAAGUGAUAUUAUGAAAAUGCGUUGAUUCGCAGUUAGUUUUUAUAACAAUUAAACACUUAAGUAGCUAAAGAAAAGAAAUUGAAAUUUGUAAAAGAAAAAUACCUCAAGAGUAAACAACAAAUCAAAGUAAUGUUAAAUUAUAUAUUUUGUGAUAAGUUAAACUAUAGAGUGAUGUUUAGAUAGAUUGUCGUUGUAACGAAAGAACAGUAUUUUUGAUAUUUGUAAGCUUUAGUACUGUUUUGUAUACCACGAAACAAAGUGUUGCGGAACGAAAGGAAAAUAUAAAACCAAUUACAACUGAUUAAAUUCAAUGUCUCUGCACUCUAAUGGAUUCACCUCAUCAACUUCACUUCACCGUUC